GCUUCCUGCGGGGGGUGGGGGGAGGCAGAGGGGAGCCCUGGGCAGCUGCCCGCUCGACCUGGCACUUGCUCCUCCUUGUCACUGUCAGGAUUUGUCUAGCGACGCGUUCCCUGAUAGGGGUGUGUUGGAGGGAGUCCUCUUUCUGACUAUCGAAAUGGUUAUCAAAGUGUUCGUGGCCACUUCUUCCGGGUCCAUAGCGAUUAGGAAGAAACAGCAAGAAGUGGUGGGCUUUUUGGAGGCGAAUAAAAUCGACUUCAAGGAGUUGGAUAUAGCUGGAGAUGAAGACAACAGGCGGUGGAUGAGAGAGAAUGUUCCUGGGGAGAAAAAACCUCAGAAUGGGAUUCCUCUGCCCCCACAGAUCUUCAAUGAAGAGCAGUAUUGUGGGGAUUUUGACUCCUUCUUCUCUGCAAAAGAAGAGAAUAUUAUCUAUUCCUUCCUUGGCUUGGCUCCCCCUCCUGGCUCAAAGGUUGCAAAGUCUCCGGAGGAAGCAUCUUCCCUUCCCAACGGUGAUGUAGCGGGAGAGGCGGAGAGUGCAGCUGAGGGGACAGAGAAGGCUCAAGAAAGUGGAGAAAGCGAGGCACAAAGAGAGGGCGAAGAAGACGCGGGCGAGCCCCCCGAGCCCCAGGAGAAGGAAGAGGAGGAAGCAACCGCAACCGAAGAGACGGCCGAAGUGACGGAGGAGGGAGCGGAAGGGGAAGCAGAGGAAGAGGAUGCUGACGAGGGAGAAGAGGAGCCUGGGGACGGAGGAGAAGAUUCUUAGGCCUCUUCAUGCUCAGUUCUUCUAAUUUCCCAGAAGACCCACACCGAGAAGCAACAUUUCAAGUGUCUCCCCCACAAAGCCAGUGAAGUUUUUUGGCCCGAAGCUAGGACACCUGUCUCAGGAUGCCGGGGCUUCACCGAGGACCUGUACUUCUGACAUGGUUGAUAUACAUGAAUAUCUACUUAAUCAUAUCAAUAUGAAAUGAAAUGUGAAGUUGAUGUAUGCAUACCUUCAUGUACCUGAUGUUCUUGGUCUUGGCUUAAUUUUUUCUGCUUUGCAUGAAUAGAUCUUCUUAUUAAUAUCCUGAAAAAAGUGAUUUUAAGGACUAGAACUAAUUCUCUUUGUGUUCUAGCAGAAGUACUUCUUUGUACAUGCCUUAUGCUACUGUCUUAAUUAGCUUUGAAGAUGAAGGACUUCCCAGAGAACCAUGAUAAAUAAAGACUGAUAGCAAACCUCU